GGUCAAAUGAAAGGAGUUGUAAAGCUAUUUUUUGUUUCAAUUUUUUUUUUAAAUCUGAAAAUAAUAAUUUCAACAUUCACUAACAAUAAUAAAUUGAUUCCAACUCUAAAGAACUUAUAUCUCACCCGAAAAAAUUCAAAAUGGCGGAUUCAAUAUGGCCACAAAAAAUUAGAACGUCUCCAUUGUACGAAAAUGGAGGGAUUUUUUUGAUUUAUUAUUAGAAAAUUGAAGUUUUCUAACAAUAAAUUGAAUAUAAAUAAAUUGAAGAAUCGCUAUUCAAUUCAAUAUCUCGAAGACAGCUUUGACCUUGUUGAUUACGAUUUUAAGGUCAAUUUAUUUUUUUCGCUACUUUAAGCUUAAAAAUACUAUAUCUACAUCUAUUGAUACCCUAUCUGCAAAAAAAUUACUCAAACAUUUUUCCAUUAGUUUUGAACUCUGCUUUGAAGUAGUUCGUUGAUGGACCGCUAGGUGGCUGCCAAUGCUCCACAAGUAAAGUGGAUUCUUCGUAGUACUUAUAUACUUUGAAUAAUUGGGUAGGAGAAUUCGAUAUUUCUAUGUGAUUUUUUCCACUGGAGUACGAUUGUAAUCGUUUCAUCCCACGUUUAUUUCUCACUGUUGUUGAUUACAAAUAUAUUAUUUUUGAAAAAAUGAAUGAAAAUAAUACUUGGAGCAGUGGAGAGUCUGAACCAGAAGAACAAGAUUUAGAAAAUGAAAAUACUGAUAUUAUUAUUUCGGAAAAUGAUUAUGAUGGAAGUGAAUUUUUUGAAGAUGCGGAUUUUUAUCCAUCAAUAAAAAACUUCAACGGUAAUUCUAGAAUAAAUCCAAAUAUUUCUUUACCAGAAAAUAAACCAAUAGAUUAUUUCAAUCAUUUUUGUGAUCCUAUUCUUCUUCAAAUGAUUGUGGAUGAAUCGAAUCGUUAUGAAUCUCAAAGUGAUAGCAUACAAUCUUCCCAUAUGAAAUCGUGGACCCCUCUUACAAAAGAUGAACUAGACAAGUUUCUCGGGCUUUCAAUCCUAAUGGGACAUGUCCGGAAGGGCGAGUUGAAAAAUUAUUGGUCUACCGAUCUCUUACUACAUACUCCGAUUUUUCCUCAAAUAAUGUCUCGUGAUAGAUACCUUCAAAUUUUACGAAAUUUACACUUUCAUAAUAAUGAAGAAAUUACAAAUCAUCCUUUAGAGAAAAUCAAGCCAAUAAUAGACCACUUACAAAACAAAUUCUCGGGUACUCUUAUUCCAGGUAAAAAUCUGUGUAUUGAUGAGAGUCUCUUAUUAUGGAAAGGUAGGCUUCGAUUCAAGCAAUAUAUUCCGUUGAAGAGAAAUCGUUUUGGUAUCAAGCUUUUCAUGAUAGUAGACUGUGAAACUGGGUUUAUUUUGGGCUUCAUUGUUUAUACAGGUGCAGACACCGAUUAUGAAAAAUUUGGUUUGGGUAUCACAGGGGAUAUUGUUGCUCACUUCUUACAACCUUAUUUUUAUAAGGGACAUGUAAUAUACAUAGAUAAUUGGUAUACAUCUCCCAUGUUGGCUGACUUUUUACAUGAUCAUGAUACUGGAAUAUGUGGAACGGUAAAAGCGAAUAGAAAGGGAAUGCCAAAUCUAGAUAAAAAAUUAGGUCGAGGUGAAGUGCAAGUAGCUCAUAGCCAUACAUGGAUGGCAAUGAAGUGGGAAGAUAAACGCAGUGUCCGCAUGUUGACAAGUGUGCAUGAGUUUGAAUUUCGCGCAACUGGAAAAAAACAUUAUAAAACGAAAGAAGACAUUAUAAAGCCAACAUGUGUUCAAGAUUACAAUCAAAAUAUGGGUGGUAUAGAUAAUAUCGACAGACAAUUAUCUAUAACGGAGUCAGUGCGAAAAACAAUGAAGUGGUAUAGGAAGCUCUUCUUGCACCUUAUUGAUCUUUGCCUGACUAAUGCUCAUGCUUUGUAUAAAAUGGAAAAUGAAGAGCCCAUGUCGUUUCCGUCAUUCAGAUUACAGAUUCUUCUCUCAACGCUGGAGAGUAGAAGCUGGGAUUGGGGAUGGAAUCAAAAGGACUAA